ACGCUUUGACCGGUAAUGCCUGGCAGACGCCCCAGCUGCACUCCACACAGUCUCACAGACAGCAGCAGAAGCAGGAGAGAGAGGCUGGGCACCCCCGAGGUCCUUCAACACAACGGGAGGCGGCGUUUGGCCAUGGACCAGACCUUGGGCAAGAAGGCCCAGGCGCUCCUGGAAGACAUGUUGGAGAUCACUGCCCAGAGUCUGGUGCAGAUGGAAGUGGCUGAGCACUACCAUAUCAUCAAAGAGCUGGGCAAGGGGAAAUAUGGGCAAGUGGUACUGGUGACUCACAGGCAGAGAGGGACCCCGAUGGCUCUCAAGUUGCUGCCUAAGGCUAGCACCAAGCUGCAGAACUUCCUGUACGAGUACUGCGUGGCACUCUCCCUCUCUGCGCACCCUGCCAUCAUUGGUAUGUUUGGCAUUGCCAUAGAGUCCAGCCAGCACUAUGGCUUCCUCUACGAGGCAGCUCUGCACAGAGACCUCAUCUCCAUUAUCAAGCCCAAGGCAGGAAUCCCUGAGCCAGCAGCCAAGCUGUGUGCCAAACAGCUGGUGAGUGCACUGGACUUCAUCCACAGCCGGGGCCUUGUGUACCGAGACGUCAAGCCAGAGAACAUCCUGCUGUUUGACCGCCACUGCCACUGCAUCAAGCUGACUGAUUUCGGGCUGACACGGCCCCAGGGCACCUUGCUGCGUCUUGUGACUGGCAUCAUCCCUUACACUGCGCCCGAACUGAGCCGCGGUACCGGUGACACGCUGGGCCUGCCCAUCGACGCCAGCUUAGAUGCCUGGGCCCUUGGGGUGCUGAUCUUCUGCCUGCUCACGGGCUACUUUCCUUGGGAGAAAACGGUGCCUGAGGACUCCUUCUUUGAUGACUUUGUGAUAUGGCAAGAGUCAGGCCUGGAGGAAGAUCUGCCAUUCCACUGGCGCCCCCUGUCCCAGGACGCCAUCACCAUGCUCCAGGGCCUCUUGGCUCUGGAGCCCACAAAGCGUGGCCCUAUCCGCCGGGUGCUCAGCUACCUCGACCGGCCAUGGCGAGCAGAGGUGGCUGCCAAAGCCCCCUAGGGACAGUACAGGAGAGGUGAAACAAAUUUCACGGAAUAGUAGGGGUGGGGGAGAGGGAGCGGGAGAAAAGCUCUCAGCAAAUCCUAUGCAAACUUGCUUCCAAAAAAGUCAAAUUUCUGUGCUCUCAGUUUGAUUAGUUCGCAACAUUCCCCAGUGCUCACAUUGUUAGGUACUUAGAUAUGAGGGAGAGAGAGAAAGGCUAUACAUCUCUCAGUAAAUUUGGGAAGUGAACUCUUAAAAUGAUUGCCUUAAUGACAUAAUAAUGCCAUUUUAAAAUUGCCCCUCACAAAUAAAAUGUUAAAAUCUUUAAGCUGGAAAAUUUGGACUCACAUUUUGAAAAUAUGCCAGGCUUUGCAGUUUUUGAAAAAUACUAUUUCAGUUCUACGAGACACAGCCAUGGUUUCUAGGCUUGCCGGAGUGAUCCCAGUCUUUACACUGCACGUUCUCUGUUUACCAGCCCUAAAGGCCUGAUAGUGAAGAACCCAGCUGUUGAGUGGCAGGGUGGAAAAUAAAUGUAUAGGUAAUUGUCUCAUGGCAUUUAUUUGGCCCAGAGUACGGUCUAAAGGUACAUAAGCCUUGUUGAAGCAAAGCAGAUCUGGGGCUGGCCUAAGCUUGGAGGGGAGACCACCUGGGAACUGCAUGUAGCCACCUUGAGUUCGACAGUGGGAGAAAGGUAAGAGAGAAAUAUAAUAAAUAAAAAAUUUAUACAAA